ACGGCGAACGGUCGUUUACGCUCACAAAGCGAUGCGAUAUUUCGUGAAAAUAAAUCGUUGUUAAAAUUAAAAUUAAAAAUAAGUGAAUAUUUUGACUGACAAUAGAAGUAUAAUGAUUAAACCAAAUUAAUAAAAUAUGAAAUGAAUAGAAUUCAGCUAGUAAACUAAAUGAAACUAGGAAAUUUAUUUAAGGAGUAGUUAACAAAAGUUUUCGUGUUUUGUGUAAAUGUGUAUUGUGAUUUGGAUGGAGUUCGUGUAGCAGGAUUAAAUUAAAUGAAGCUAGACACAAACAGAGGAUUUGAUGCCAUCAGCGAAUAAGGAUUGACCCACCGGUACAUCAGACUCAAUUCCAAAUGGAUAACAAGAAAACUUUACCAGCGACUCAACAGCCGCUGACACAGCAGCACAUAAUGGCACAUCAUGUCCAUCCCGACCAAAUAUAUUCACAUCAGCAAUUAUCUAACCACAUUACAUCAAAUCAACCAAUACAAAAUCAACCUAACGGUGUGAUACAUCAACAACAGCUUAUACAAAAUCAGUAUCAUGCAAAUAUGACUGCUCGUUCUCCACUUUUAGAAAAUAGGCAUGAAAUGUAUGGUACUAGUCAUAAUCACGAAUAUGCAAGACAUUACGGAGCUAACGACAAUUAUAACUAUCAGCAACAACAACAAUCACCUAUCACAGAAAGAACUGAACAAGUGAUACACACUGAUCAUAAUGUUAACCAUGACAUUAUGCACAAUAUUCCUAAAGGAUACAACGCGGAAGUUUAUCAAGACUACAUGAAACGUAACCCACCGAAAGAUAAUAACCAAAUAUAUCAAAAUCAUCAACCUACGUAUAGGCCAAAUAUGAACCAGUAUGGUUCAAAACCUUAUUUACCGUAUUCAAAUAGAAUAGGACCUCAAAGUAAUACAGAGCUUUUAAGAAGGCAAUAUAAUGAAAUACAACAAAUGAAAAUGCAGCAACAACUUCAUUAUCAAAACCAAGCACAAAUGCAUCAACAGCAAAAGUUCGCCGAGCGACAACUUUUACUACAACAAAUACAUGGCGUACAGCCGCCACCAAAUUUACAGAAUAGUAUAUAUUCAGAUGGCUCCUAUCGAGAGGUAGAUAGCAGAUAUGGAAGUAGAAAUGAUUUUAAAGAUUAUUCCGGUGACAUUCACAAGGAGGUCGAUAAAUAUGCUAAAAAUAAUGAAUACAGAGAGAUGGAAAAACAGAAUAAACAGUACCAAGAAUCGCAAUGGACGAACAUUAAUCAAGAUUCUGGCUUUCGGGAGACGGAACGAUAUCGAAAUCAACACGAAGAACCCAAACAUAGAUCACCCCCAACAGAUUUUAAUAACCAAUUAUUAAAGAAUAAUUCAGGCGCAAUGUCACCUAUGAAGUCAAGUGAAUCCAGUUCGCCUAGUAUCAAAUCGCCAUCUUCUGAGAGCCGGCGAAGCAGCAGUGGUCAAGCAUUGCGUUCCCCAACUGCGCAAAGGAUUCCUACAGCGCCAGUAACAAUGGCUGGCAUGUUAUAUAAACAAGGUUCUGAUGGGCUCAAGGUUUGGAGGAAAAGAUGGUUCGUGCUAUCAGAAUAUUGUCUGUUUUAUUAUAAAAGCCAGGAUGAAGAAAAAUUAUUAGGAUCAGUUCUAUUACCCUCUUAUAAAGUGUCAGCUUGUACAAGCGAGGAUAAAGUAAUGAGGAAGUUUGCUUUUAAAUUAGAACAUGCAAAUAUGCGGACGUACGUGUUAGCAGCGCUGGAUCAGGAGUCGAUGUUGAAAUGGGUUAAAGCGCUUACAAUGGCUGCACUUAUGCAAAACUAUAUCGAUCCACAACAGCGGCUUAACGACAGAACAACUGUAAAAACAGAGGAUGAUGAUGAAGUUCCUGGUCCAACGUAUGCAAACGCACCGCCGAAGCCUCGUCGUUCAAAUGAUGGAUACAAUUCACCUGGAUCCGACAUAUACGAUCCAAACUACGAUCUCCUGAAGAAACCAGAGUCGCAAUAUAACCAGAGCGGAAAUCAUAGCCAAUAUCAUAACCAUACAAAUUACGCAAAUAAAAUUAGCCCCGAAUCUUACGUCCGUAGUCCACAAUCACCACCUAUGCAACAUUCUUCAUACCAAACAAAAAGACAAAAUGAAAGUCAGAUUACACCUACGACAUCAAAUAAUACAGACAGAUUGAAUAGAAACCAAGAUCAUCAUUCGAUGUAUAAAUAUAACCCACAAUCACCUUCAUUCGAAAGACCUAUGGAUCAACAGCAACAGUUAGAUGAGACCAUUUACAAUCAGCAAACGCAAAACAAUCCGUUUUUACAAAAUUAUCCUGUACAAGAAACAAGGCCUAAAAAUACUGAAAUUAAAAAUAAUCCAUCUACUUCGGAACAAAAUAAGUCUCAUGCAGGAUAUGAAGAGGGUUACCCAGAGUCUAGAACUAAUUCAAAAACUUAUGAUAAUAAUGCUUACACGCGUGAUGUUUAUGGCGAAUUAAAUGCUAUUAGAUCUGCCAACUCUAACAAUGGAGUUAAUGAUCGAAUUAUGGAGAGACGAACACCUGAUGCGUAUGGACGAUCUACUUCAAUGUCUAAUUAUAAAGGUAAAAUGGGAGAUUAUGAAGAUGUUUACUCUUCAUAUUUAAAUGAGAACACACCAAAAUCAUCUAAUGUGCCACAACGGGAUAACGUCAGCCUGUCGAGCCAAAAGCAAUCGAAUAAAUCAAAUCCGCCCCAAGAAAAAGUAUUUAGCGGACCGUCAGUAUUGCGUAGAAAGAAAAUGCAAGCUAGUGGAAUUCAACCGCCCAUGCCGCGACCACACAGUGCAGAUUUUCUGGAAUAUGAAGCGAAAAACGAGUCUCUUAAUAAAACAAUGCCAGCGCGAAAUGUUUCGGAUAUGCCUAAACAUCCACAAAGGCCUAAAUCGAGUCUCGAUAUUAAUUCUUAUUAUGACCCUAGUUCAGAUACGUAUUAUUCAGAAGAAAAAUACGCUGAAAAAAUGCGUCAGUCAGCACAAUAUUUGCAGCAGCAAGGCUUGGCUCCAAGAAAUAUUCAAAUACCGCUGGCAAAAUAUGCAAGCGGCUUAGCCGAAAAGCAACUUAAUUCCCCAUAUGCCCAUACAACGAACAAUAACUACGAAACCGAAUUCAGUGUUAGACAUAACCGUGACAAUAUAAGCUACAAUUCAAAAUAUAGUGAUCUAGAAGGUCUAAACUCCAAUUGGAUGUUGAAAGAAAAAGAAUUAGAAAACCAAAAAGACUACAUGAAUAGAAGUGGAAGCGUAAUGAGCGACGGUUCAAAUGCAAGUUAUCUAAAGGAAGCAAACAGAAUUGAUCCAAAUGCAGAUGGUUUUAUCAGAUCAGCGAGCGCAAGGUUGCCAUCUACAGAACGUGAAGGAGAGAAGAAAGUUCAACAGCGGGAGGAAUCAAUGAAACGGUUAUUGGAGUGGAAACAAAGAAUGCUACAAUCUCCAUUGACGAGGAAAAGCACACCAGCAACUAUAUCAUUGGCGAGGUCAUUAAACCAAAGUCGACAAUCAUUAAGAUCUGACCAGUACAAACCUAAAACAUACGCAAAUACAUCUUACAACAGCUAUUCUUCGGAUGAUGAAGCUUCUAUGACGAUGUCAGGUACUAACUUAGAAACUAACACACACAAUAAUCAAGUAAAUCAGCAAACACUAUCAAAGAAAGCAUAUCUUGGAAGCAAUACAUCGAUUGGACGCAGUAAUAGAGAUGGCAAUAUACCAGUAAGGGCAGUUAGUCCGCGAGUAAGAUGGGUUGAAGACAAAACAAACGAGCAAUACGGCUCACAACAGAUGUCAGCAUCGCAGCAAAAUUUAAAUACAUUAUCAGCAAAUGAAGAAUCAUGGGCAACAGCGAGGUCACCUUCUAGAAUAUCCCAACAGCCCAUUAGUGCUGUCAGCCCUCGAGUAAGAAGAUAUACAGAAACUGAAGAAAUGCAAAAGGUGCAGUCGCAAGUUUUAAGUGAAGUGCCGACAGCUGGAGAACUUCUGGGAAGAAGUCACGAAGAAUUGGUACUUCUUCUUAUACAAUUGCGAAGGCGUCACGCUGCUACUCAUCGAUCAAUAGAACAAUGCUGUUUACAAAUUAGUAGUAUAGAGGAAUGUCUCAGUUCAUUAAAAGCUAUAGAACGGGAGGAGAGCUUACGUCGUCUAGAACAGUUAAAGAUGCAAUUGAUGGAGUUAGAACAGCAAUAUGCUAAGAGUAAACCUUUAGUGCAGCUGGUGGAUAAUAUGGUGAAACUGGGAUCUUUGUACAAUAGACCGGGAUCCACCAUUGAAAGGUUAGAACGCAAUCAACGACUCAGGCAAAAGGUGCUUGCUGAACACGCUAUGGAGCAACAACGGUGGUUGGAAAGUGCAGCUGCAGGUAAACCUUUAGAAACUGAAGCGGCCAGAGUCCGUGUGGCGGAACUUUGGGCUCUGGAGCAGGAGUUAGCUGACGAGGCUUCCAUCCUUCAAGGAUUGAAAACCGAUAAAGAUGCUAUUGAUUCAUUGCUUACAGGUGUUCGUCACAAACUAGACACCGUAAAUAUGGACGACAUGAGUCUUCCCGGAGGAGGUUUAGAAGCCGAGUUGGCACGAGUCCAUGCAAUGUUGGCGCACAAUUCUAAGGUUUAUAAGAAACUAGAACAAACGGUAGCGGAGAACGCUCGUCUGGAGCGCGAGUUACAGCAGUUGCGUCGAGCGUUGCGCGCCCGCCGGUCAGCACCGCAACCCAGCCCACACACCGCUCCCACUGCUAUGCUAGAGGAUGAAGUGACACGAGUCCAACAACUAGUGACAGCGUUGCAGCGUCAGCGCCAAGAACUGAGCCGAGCGGUGCGACAUCUCACACAGCAGUCUCAAGCGUUGCAAACUACGCAUAAUGCCAUGCCAGGCAAAAAUCGUCCCACCUCGUACUGGCAAGAAACGAACCUAGAUACCGGGCAUACAAUCGACCAUGGCCAAGAUUACGACUACGAGAGUCAGAUCUUGCCUCCAGGGCAUUACGGGCAAAGUAAUGUGGAGCCGUUGUAUGUGGACACUAGGGGACCAGGGGACGUGACGUCACCAAUGACUAGUGAAGAUAUGCAGCAUUCCGCUUUCGGUAACCUAUCCAACGUAGAGAAACAAGAAAUAAAAACGGUACGCAUCGUAAAACGGGAAAGCGAACGACGUCAAAGAGAUAGAGAACGUUCUCUCCAACCAAUGAACGACUGGUCAUCUAACAUCACGGCCAAUAUCGAUCAGUUCCUAGAAGAAGAAUUAGUUCAACCCUUGAAUAACUACCGGGCGUCAUCUCUACCAAGAACAGAUUAUAACAAAUUUGAAGAAUACUACGCGAAGCAAAAUACAGAAGCACCUUACCUAAGAUUCGAGAAGAACAUGGAAUUAAGUCCUAAAUACCCAUCCAGCCCAUCCUUAUCCAACUAUGAUUUCUCCCGAGACAUUUCUAUGAGCAGCUACACUAAAAGCUACGAUAGAUCUGGAUACGACAGAAUGUCACUAUCCAACCAAUAUUUGAAUAGCCCUACAGACAGUGCUAGAACAUUAACAAAUGACCCCAUUUCGAAGACCAGUAGCGUAAUGAGUUUGACGAGGUCUAAUAUAGAAUUGUCACCGAUAUUUAAAAGCGAAGCUGCCAAACAGAUAAUUACAGAAAUGUCGGAUACGCAGAAAAAUGGUUCUCUCCAUAGACGUCAAGUUCCAAGGGAAAAGAGGAGGCACUAUACGGCACCGCAUCAUUUGAGUGCUAAAACUUUGAACGAAUUGCCAAAGGAUAGUUACAAACAUGAUGCAAUGGGUCGUUCUGUGGACGACGCGGACAUGGAGCGGGCAUUACGCGGCGCAGCACCCGACGUAGUUCGCUCAGCGCUGCCCAACAAACCCGACUCCAUCGACCAGUUACUCGCGGCUCCGCAGAAGAUCGUCAUCCCGGAGCGGUACAUACCUGAGAAGCCUCCGGAACUAUCUCCUGAAGAACAACAGAAGAGGCAAGAAAAAGUUGAAUCUAUCAAGAAGAUGCUUACAAGCUCUUCAGGAGACGCAAGCAACAAGAGCCCGGACGGCGAGAAACGGCAACGGGAGCAUUUGCUUCAGAUGAAUCAGAUUCUCGCCAAGCAGGUCACGGAGAUGAGCAAAAUUAUAGCUGUGAAAGCAUUGGAAGAGCUGCCUCUUCAGAAUAACGCGGAGGAUUCCGACCUGUCGCCGGACGUUGAAUUGCCAAUUUAUCAACAAAGAGAGAACUUUUUUUCGUAAAUAAAUGUAUUGCUUUUAAAAAAAGAAAUUGUCUUGCCUAAACAAAGCCCCAAUGUACAUGACUAAACAGCUUUUGCCAUAUUUUAAUGUUAUCUUUAGCUAAAUAUUUGAUAUUGUUAGCUAUUGGUAUUGGAACUCGAUGUUGCAUUAGUUAAAAAUAUUGACGUUGUUAUGCUUAUAUGGAUAUUCGUAACUAGAUACAGGUAAAUAUAAAAAAUAACAUGACCAAUUAUAGAAGACCCCAAAUGCAAAGGCGUUAUUGUGAACCUUUUUAAAAAUGAUGAGGCUUAUCUUCAUUGUAGAAUACAUAUAAUAAUAAAAUCUAAGAAUGUAACGUUUAACAUUAUAUUCUGUAACUGAUAAAAUUAUAUAUCAAAGAGCUAAAAGUAACUGUUUUCAAUGUAAGGUAUAUAUUAUUCAAUUUGUAAAUUAAGUAUUUAACCUAUAUAAUUUAAAGAUCAGUACAUUUCAUACGUUAUUUUACAAAAAACGGUAUCACAUCAUCACAACACUGAUUAAACAAAGAUUAACGAAAUCUUAAAUUAUGUUGUAUGGGUGAUUAAAUUAGGUUCGUAAUGUUUGUGUAUAGUACAUAUCAAACGAAUACCAUAUUAUUUGUAUCUUAUACUUAGGUGAUGCUUUUUAGGAAUUGAGUAUUUAAUAUUGGCUCAAAUAAAACAUUCCCUUUAAAAUGUGUACGUUAUUAGUUUGCUGUUCCUGUACCUAAAUCAAUUAUUUUUUUAUUAAUGUCUUCUGUCAACGGCCUUUUUUCACGUAUAAUCGUAUAAUGACCUAGUAUGCCUACUUAUACAAAACGAUGCCAUGUUAAUUAAUAAAUUAGACCUUAGAUAGUGCACUUAUUUUUUUGUACCUACAACAGUAAAUAAAUUAAGUUAAGUUAACGUGUGAAUAUAGUUAUUCCUCAUUUGUUCGUUGUUUUAUCUGUUGUGUUCGAACGAAUUCAAAUGCGUUUUAGUAUUAUUCGUUAAAUAAAUGUUAUACAUUUUUAUUUAAUUUAUUUUUAAGGUGACGUGAUUGUUUUCCAAUUGAAGUGAAUGUACAAAAUUCGAUGUUAAUCCUUUUAUUGUAGAUUGUCUCAAUUUUUUCUAUGUAAUUACUAGGUAUUAAUUUUCCCUUAAUGAAACGAUGAUCACAAUUCGUAUGCCAUGUUUUAACCAUAUUAUUUGUAAAUUUACUUAUAUUGCACAUAGUUCGUCAAUUGUAGAGAUUAUUAACUUCUUAUGAAUAAAUAAAUAUAUCAAGCUUGUUUUUCUAACAGCUUCGUGUAUAGAAGCAACGAAUUGGUAAUCCUUGUGAUAUAAAUAUAUAUCGUAUAUAUACUUCUUCAUAUAUAUAUUGAACGUAGAAUAGUAUAGUCUAAGAUCCCACUGCAAGAUUACUUCGUUCACAGUAUUUUUGAUGAAACCAAAAUUUUAUGUAUAUUUAUAAUUAGGAGAAUAUAUAUCGGCUAGAUUUCCAGUCAAAAUUUGGCCGCAAUUUAAAAUUUUUGGUUUCAUCAAAAAGAAAAAAAAACCAUGAACGAAGUAAUUCUGCAGUGGGAUCUCGUACUAGUAGGCCCGGUACUAUCAGCCUAUAAAAUAAAGCUUUAAAAUACUUAUGACUUAACCCUAUCGUAUGUUAAUAUAUUAAACCUAUACUUGUCUAAUCUUAAUCUAUGUUAAUGCUGAAAUGGUAAUAUUAUAUAAUGUAAAUGUAUACAACAUUGCUUAUCUUCAUAGUGGAUAAUAUAUUAACUAGAUUAAGUUUUCCCUAAUUUCUUAAUAAAUCUUGUAAGGUUAGUUUGACUUGAGAUAAAUGUUUUUGUUUCUAUGUUUUGUAUUCUUCUUGAAAAUUUUGUAGUGUAGUUUUGGUAAUGCUAUUUUGUAAUUAUUACCUUACUUCCUUUCAUAUUUGUUUCAAUUCAAGAUCUUAAUAUACCUCUAUUGUAACGUACUGUAUGAUAGACAAUAAAUUAUUAUUUCGUAACUGUAGAUUACCAAAACUACAUUUCUAUAGUCCUUUGACUUUUCAUACUUAAGGCUUUUCUUAAGCCACAGAAAUGAUUUAUCUACCCUUUUCUGCCUAUCUCAUGGACUGUUCUUAUAUCAUUAAUACAUAGUCAAUUAUGUACGUAUUCUAUCCUUAUGAAAACAAAGAUUUGUUUUAUAAUGUAAUAUUGUAUUGGAAAAAUAAAAGAUAUAUGAAAUAAA